UUAAUUUGAAGACGAUCAAAGAUGCAAAAUCAAGCUCUCAAUCACAAUGGGACCCUUUUUUUCCUUUUCAUUUCUCCUCCACUAAAAUCCAUUCUCAAAAUUCCAUCUGGAUAAUUCUUCCCUUAAGUCUCUGUAAUACAACAACAUCUCCUUUCCCCAAAAGCACUUCUCCAUCAAAUUUCUCUUCUUCAACCAUGUCUCUCGCCCAUUGCCUCUUUUCAACUUCCAGAAAAAUCACCAAAUCUUCUUCUUCUUCUUCUUCUUCUUCUUCUUCUUCUUCUUCUUCUUCCUCAAAUCCCCACUCUCAAAUUCUCAAAAAUCGCCCAAAUUUAUUCUUCCUCCAAAAUCAUAUUCUCAAUAAACAUUCUUACCUAACUUAUAAGCCUCACCAAUUCUCUUCUAUCUCAAAAUUCCAACACCCUUUUGCUGGGAUUUCAUCUUUUGCUGAAGCAGGGGGAGAGGGGAAGCAAGAAAUCAUUCAAUUUAGUCAAAAUCAUGAGCAACAGAAAGCUAAUGAGGAAGAGGAAUUGCCAGGGAUAGCUCAGACUUUUCAUAUAUCUUCAAGAACUGCCACUGCUAUUAUAACUUGUAUAGCAUUUUCAGCUCUUAGUUUUCCACUUUUUAUGAAGUCUUUAGGGCAGGGAUUUGCUUUGAAGACAAAGAUACUGUCAUAUGUAACUCUGUUGUUUGGGUUUUAUAUGGCUUGGAACAUUGGAGCCAAUGAUGUGGCUAAUGCUAUGGGGACUUCCGUCGGCUCCGGUGCAUUGACGCUCCGGCAGGCGGUGGUUAUGGCGGCGGUUUUGGAAUUCUCAGGGGCUUUACUUAUGGGAACUCACGUGACUAGCACAAUGCAAAAUGGGAUUCUUGUUGCGGGUGUGUUCCAAGGAAAGGAUAUGCUUCACUUUGCUGGAUUGCUUUCUUCUUUGGCUGCAGCUGGUUCUUGGUUGCAGAUUGCAUCAUACUAUGGCUGGCCCGUCUCGACGACGCAUUGUAUAGUUGGAUCAAUGGUUGGAUUUGGUCUUGUCUAUGGAGGAGCUGGUGCUGUCUUUUGGGGCUCACUGGCAAGAGUUGCUUCUUCAUGGGUGAUUUCUCCAUUAAUUGGAGCUCUGGUUUCAUUCCUCGUCUACAAGUGCAUUCGUAGGUUUGUGUACAGUGCAAAGAACCCAGGACAGGCUGCUGCUGCAGCUGCACCAAUACUCGUAUUCCUCGGCGUAACUGGAAUAUCAUUUGUAUCAUUUCCAUUAAGUAAGAAUCUUAAAUGGGCUGCAGUGCAGGCCGUUGCCUUUGGAACAGUAGGUGCAUUUCUUGUCGACAAAUUAAUUCAGGGACAACUUGGCCAUCUACUCAACAAAGCUGCUUCGUCAUCGAAAAAGACCGAUGAAAGUAUGAUUGAGGGUAAAAACAUUGGGUUCCUUGAUGAUAUUGCAGGUCCAAAGGGAACUCAGUUGGAGAUAGUUUAUGGGGUAUUUGGAUAUAUGCAGGUCCUUUCUGCUUGCUUCAUGUCAUUUGCCCAUGGUGGAAAUGAUGUAUCCAAUGCAAUCGGUCCGUUGGCAGCUGCAUUAUCCAUACUUCAUGGCAGCGUCGGUGGGGCAGAGAUUGUCAUUCCAAUUGAUGUUCUAGCUUGGGGAGGAUUUGGAAUCGUAGCCGGGUUGAUGAUAUGGGGCUACAGAGUGAUAGCAACCAUAGGAAAGAAGAUUACAGAACUCACACCAACAAGAGGAUUUGCAGCAGAAUUUGCUGCUGCUUCUGUGGUUCUAAUUGCAUCAAAACUUGGUUUGCCAAUCUCAGCAACCCAUACAUUGGUUGGUGCAGUCAUGGGUGUAGGCUUUGCAAGAGGACUUAACAGUGUUAGAGCAGAAACUGUAAGAGAGAUAGUUCUUUCUUGGGCUGUGACAAUUCCUGUUGGUGCUUUCCUUUCAGUUCUCUAUACAUGGAUCUUGACCAAGCUUAUGUCAUAUAUUUUAUGAGGCAUGUAUAUGAACAACUUCAGAUAUGCCUCUUGGAACAAUUUGUUUACUUGGUUCAUUCAACAUAUCUUCUUCCUUUUCCAAAUGGGAAUGGCUGUUUAUAAAUCAUCAAGCAAGCGAGUAACUGGUGUGUUGCUUGUUUUUCCUUCGUGAUAUUUGGGAUCCUUGCAGAAAAUUUCUGUACUUCUGUAGAUUGAACUAAGAGAAAUGAAUUUUGUGUUAUUCUGGCAGUGUAA